AUGGCAGAGGAAGACGGCCGAGAUGCGAUCGACAUUCUCGAUGCCGAGAUCAAGGAGGCCGAGAAGGAUGCCGAGAUCGAGCGCAUCCUCGGCGCCUUUCGUCUCGAUGCAUACGCCGUCCUCGGCCUGCAACCGGGCGUGGCCGAGUCCGACAUCAAGGCGACGUACCGCAAAAAGUCGCUCCUCAUUCAUCCCGACAAGACGCGCAACGCACGCGCGCCCGACGCCUUUGACCGGCUGAAGAAGGCGCAGACGGAGCUGAUGGACGAGAAACACCGCACCCGCCUGGACGAGGCCAUCGCCGACGCCCGCAUGCUGCUGAUGCGCGAGAACAAGUGGAACGCCGACAGCCCCGAGCUCAAGACGGACGACUUCCACAAGAAGUGGGCCGACAAGACCAAGUACGUCCUCAUGGACAACGAGGAGCGCCGUCGCCGCCAGCUGCGCGGCCAGAUGCAGGAGGAGGGCCGCGAGCAGCGCCGCGAGGACGCCGAGAUCGAGGCCCGCAAACGCAAGCGCCAGCACGACCAGGACUGGGAGGCCACCCGCGACCAGCGCAUCGAUAGCUGGCGCAAGUUCCAGAAGAAGGCCGGCGGCGACGACGGUGGAAAGAAGAAGAAGAAGCUGAAGCCCAUCGGCUAG